GUGACCGAAACCGGAAAAAAAAACGGAGAGCUCGAGGAAAGGCGACAUUUUGGCGAUUGAAACCGAUCGUCUUCACGAAGAUGGCGAAUCCGCAUGAACCUCAUUUCUUGAAGCCUCUGCUUCCUGGUUUCCACAACGGCGUCACAAUACCACUAAGCUUCUUCUCACAGUACAUACAAGGGAAGACGAACGGGAAAAAAUGGAAACUAAGAUCGGACACUUCUGAUCAAACUUGGGAAGUGAUACAAGAAGGCAGGCGACUCACCGGAGGUUGGAAAGAUUUCACGACAGCACAUGACCUUCAAAUCGGUGACACAACUCCGUUGAUGUGUGUAUGUCCGGAAAGGAAAGAGUGUUCUGAACUACUCAUCAAACACUUGAGCAGAAUGAAUGGUGACAUUGCUUCUAGCUCACGGGUGAUUUAGGAGUGUUUCCUUUUCGUCUCUAUCAGAACUUGUUUCCUUUUCCUUCCUUUUGGUACUACUGCUUAUUGUAAACUUGAAUUUGGCUAUGUAUCUCGGAGAGGUUGUUUC